AUGGAAGUGGUUGAUACAGAGUAUAUCCGCUCAUUGAGUGACUCAGCACUUCUGAUAUCGGUAUUUGCGGUGUAUGUUGCGGAGAAGCACGCUUCUCAACAGCAAUCAUUACACCUAUUUUCCGAUAUGCAUAGUACUCGAGACUAUUGGACAACAUUCUCUACGGGGGGCUUGCGCGCUCCAGGGCAUGGAAAGGAUGCCAUUGACGCCAUCAUUGCACGUUUGCAGCAAGCUGCUACCCGACGUGUUAAAGACGGAACUAUUCUUUCCACGGUGACGAAAGUCUCUCUUGUUCUGAGACUACUCCGCUUUAUCCAGUAUCGUCAAUUGUACAUCUCCUCGGGGUGGAUGGCUCAGAAUCAGGAAGUUCAGGCCGCGGAACAGCAUAUUAAACAGUUACUUCACGCAGAACCUAAACAGGCCCGCCAAAGUCUUGUACAUGCUGCCCAGUUAUUCCGAACAAUCCGAUGCCAACAUCAAUUCGACCCCUACGACUCUUUUAUCCUGCUCAUGGCUGUUCUAUACAUCUGGAACUACGACCGAUUUGUUAUCUCAGACAAGUCGCGAUAUCCUUCUGAUAGAGGCCCGGAGGAGAUUUUCCGAAUCGACCAAAAUAUGAAUGAGGAUGUACAAGAAAAGUGGGUAGCGGGCGCAUUUGAAAUGCGCGAGCAACUUCAUAUCACUGGACUUGGAGUGCUCAACGGCCAGGACAGCGUUCCCCGCAUCCUCAGGGAAACCGUUAGGAUCCUGAAUCAUGACAAGGCUUGGUCCCGCCAGGCAAAUAAUAUCAAACGUGCAUUGCAGCAGAUAUUAUUAGGGCGUACUCCGACAUUUUCUGCAGAGCCUGAAUAA